AUGUCUCUUACGCCUCUUGCGUCCCUUCGCGUCUCGAAACAUUUUAUCCCAGCACACAAUCUCAUCCCUAACUGCAGCAUCCAGCAAAAGCCUCUCCUCCACUACCACGCAGCCUUUCAACAUCCCAUCUCAGCAUCAAAGAUUGAAUCACACCUCACGUCAAUUGGAGCAGUGACACCUCAAUGGCGCUACACAAUGUACAGGCAGACGCACUUCCACAGCACAUCCCAUGAGGUCCUCUGCAUCAGCCACGGCAGGGCGCGUCUGUGCUUUGGUGGCGAGGAGAAUGAAGGGCGCGUUGAGCCUGUGGUGGAACAGGGCGAUGUUGUUAUUGUGCCGGCCGGGGUUGGACAUCGGCUGUUGGAGGAUUUGGAUGGUGGGUUUGAAAUGGUGGGGAGUUAUCCGGCCGGAUGCGAUUGGGAUAUGUGCUAUGGGAAGAAGGGCGAGGAGAGCAAGGUUAACUCCAUCAAGGAUUUGAGUUGGUUCCGGAGAGAUCCUAUCUAUGGGGACAAAGGACCUGCUACUGAGGUAUAG